CUACGCGUGUAAAAUUAUUAGUUUGUGAAUUGUUGGUUUAAAAAGAAAAAACGAAAAGUCCUUAUUAUUUACGGCGCAGAAAUUAAUAGCGAUAUUGUUAAAAGGAAUAAUAUAAGCAUUCGCUCAUUCUGCGAGCGAGCCUGCACCAUUGGAAGAACACUGGUGACCUACGGUACCUAGUGGAAAUAGAAGCAAUAUUAAACCAAAGUGAUAAAGACGAUGGUUUCGAUAUCGGUCAUUUUUGAAAACCUGCAAACAAAGUGGAAUUGAUUAAAACGGAACUACUACGGUGAUUGUUUUUUAUUCCUUUGUAUGUCGAAGAGAACUGGUGGUGCAGGACAAAAAAUAACUUGGUGCAUACUACUUAAUUACUCGUCAUAUUGUUUCGAAACUCAUUCUUGAAAACAAUACUGAACGUCGAAGGAACUCAGGUGAUGUGCAACAUGAUCGAAACAACAGACAAGGAGAAUGAUAGCGUGGUGGAAGAGGAAGACGAUUCAAAGCUUCCGAUUAGUUUUAUAUAUGCCAGGCAUUUGGCAAAGAUCGAAGGCAUCAAUUGUAUCACACAGAGCUGGCGAGUGAAGGAACGCAUGAAAACAGUUAGUGUUGCGUUAGUACUAUGCCUAAACCUCGGUGUUGAUCCACCAGACGUCGUAAAAAUACAUCCUUGCUCUAGGUUGGAGUGCUGGAUUGAUCCCGCUGCAAUGUCCGGCCAAAAGGCUAUGGAGUUGAUAGCAAGCAACCUCCAAAAGCAAUACGAACGCUGGCAGCCACGAGCCCGCUACAAACACUCGCUCGAUCCAACGGUUGAAGACGUCAAAAAGCUGUGCACAUCCUUGCGUAGGAAUUCGAAAGAAGAACGCGUCCUGUUCCACUACAACGGACAUGGAGUUCCCAGACCAACGGUCAACGGUGAAAUAUGGGUCUUCAAUCGGACCUACACUCAGUAUAUCCCUUUGUCCAUAUAUGAUUUGCAAACAUGGAUGGGAGCGCCCUCCAUAUACGUGUACGAUUGCUCCAAUGCGGGUAUAAUUGUGAAUAGUUUCAACACAUUUGCCGAGCAGCAUGAAAAAGAGCUCGAGCAAAUGCGUGCACGAAGUGGCAGCACAACUGGUCAGUCAGACCAGGAAGCCAAUCGAAACUCUCCAUCACCUCCAGUACUGGGAGCCACUACCUACAAGAAUUGUAUUCAAUUAGCAGCCUGUGCUGCAAAUCAAAUUUUACCGAUGAAUCCGCAACUUCCGGCGGAUUUGUUCACAUCCUGUUUAACAACACCAAUUCGAAUAGCACUGAAAUGGUUCAUAUUGCAAUCUACGUCUAAGCUGGUUCCACAUGUUACAGAAGAUUUGAUUGAUCGUAUUCCUGGCCAGCUAAAUGAUCGCCGGACAAUGCUCGGUGAAUUAAAUUGGAUUUUUACAGCCAUAACAGAUACAAUCGCAUGGAAUACAUUACCGCGGGAUUUGUUCCAGAAACUGUUUCGACAGGACUUGCUCGUAGCCAGUCUAUUCCGAAACUUUCUACUUGCGGAAAGAAUUCUUCGCUCCUACGAUUGCACACCGAUUUCGAGCCCUCCUCUACCGCAGAGCUAUCGACAUCCGAUGUGGUCAGCGUGGGAUCUAGCACUGGAUCUUGCCCUUUCACAGCUACCGGAUAUCCUGGAAAAAGGAAAGCGGUUUAAACAUUCACCAUUCUUCGAAGAGCAACUGACAGCAUUCCAGGUGUGGUUAGAAGGAAGUUCCGAGCAGCGUAGUCCUCCAGAACAAUUACCGAUCGUACUACAGGUUCUUUUAUCUCAAGUACACCGAUUACGUGCCUUGGAGUUAUUGGGUCACUUUCUUGAUCUAGGUCCAUGGGCUGUAAAUUUGGCACUUAGCGUUGGUAUAUUUCCGUACGUAUUGAAAUUGCUUCAAAGUUUAGCAAAAGAACUGCGGCCUUUUCUCGUAUUUAUUUGGGCUAAGAUCCUCGCCGUUGAUGGAACUUGUCAGGUGGACUUAAUACGUGAUCAUGGUCACAAAUACUUUUUAGCUGCUCUUCAGGAUACGACCCCUUGUCCGCGCUUCAAGGGCAAUCACAGAGUUUAUGCUGCAUUCGUAUUGGCAAGUAUAGUUCAUAAGUUUCCAAUUGGUCAGGCAAAUGCUAUGCAAGGGCAGCUGGUGUCAAUCUGUUUAGACCAACUGAAUGAUUCGAAUCCUGUUCUGAGACAGUGGCUCGCAAUUUGUCUAGGGCACCUAUGGCAGAAUUAUGAACAAGCGCGUUGGUCUGGAGUGCGCGAUAAUGCAAAUGAGAAACUUUACCCGCUGUUAAGCGAUCCUAUCCCAGAAGUUCGAGCAGCCGCUGUUUACGCUCUUGGAACGUUUAUAAGUUCCGUGACACAACGGUCGGAUCAUGCAAAUAAUAUUGACCGUUCAACCGCAAUGCACCUUUAUGCUACCGUAUGUAACGAUAUGAGUCCGCUGGUCCGGAUGGAAUUGAUUGCAUCUUUGCAGUGGAUGGUACGAUUUUUCGAGAGUCAGUUUGUUGCGGUAUUCCUGCAAGAAUCAACCACAAGCCAUAGUUUGUUCAAUCAUCACUAUCAUAGUUUGGAGCGUAAUAUGAACAUAAAACGUGUUAGCAGUACAAGCAAUAUUAUAAAUGUAGGAAAAAAUGCCAUUACUGUGGGAUCCAUUUACCAAAAGCUCUGGAAUGGAUUGAAUGCCCUGGCCAAAGAUCCCUUUCCUGCUGUGGCUCAGAUGGCUCAAAAAGUGGUUGAGUAUGUCGGAAAGCAAGGCUACGAGCUGGCUAAAGAAGCUACUACAUCAGAGAAAAGUGCCGGCAGCAUGAGUUUACCGCCGUCUCCAAAUACCAGAAUUAACUAUCUAGGAGGUGAAUCGCCUCCGACGCAUAAUCAUCUUAGCCAAGCUUCGGCACAUAUUACUCCGGUGCCCAACAAAAAGUACCUUCAGCAAAUCAACGACCAGUCAGAACCGUCAUCGUCCUCUACGCAACCGCAGCAGCCACAAUCGAUCAUUAUUUCAAACCACGGAUCGCCACAAAUUCAGGCUACUCAAUCCGAACAAAUCGCUCCCCAGUCUGCAACAAGCGUCAAUCCUCAACAGUCACAAAGCCAGUCUCAGUCGCAAGCUUCCAUUUCUCAACCCCAACUACAACCGCAACAACACACCCCGAUCGUAACUACCAACUACAUCGAAUGGUCGGUAAGCUUUUUUGCGCGACCAUCGAAGUUUUUAAAUGAAGCUAAGCACAAAAAUGCCAGUGAUCAGAAUUCAACAGAAUUCCUCGAUCGUCAAUCCAGAUGCCUAAGAAAUCGUAUCGUCCGAGAGGAAGGCCGAGAGCAGCAACGUCGCGCAGUCUUCGGACGAUUGGAUACGCAAAGUUGGUCUUGUCGGACGCAGCAUACGCCAACAAUGGUUAAGCUGAAUCCCUAUGACGAUCAGAUCGCAGUUGCCUACAAGGAUCGCGUAAUUCUUCAAGAUUGGAGUACGGAUCUGACCAGCUCGUUUAUUCCGUUCAAACACCAACCGCAUGUGCAUUACCAGUCGAUUUUUCUUGAUCAGAAUCGGUUUCAAGCAACUCCUCCUACGAUAGCGGUGUCUUCACUUGACUUUGUGAACGCCCAUGAUGUUGGGCUUGUUCUAGUCGGUUACAGCGAUAGUGUAAUCCGCGUUUGGCGCCCAGCGGAAGCGAAUCGGGAAUCAGCCCUGGUUACGGCAUGGCAUGGUUUGUUUGAUUUUAAUGCUCCUACGACUGCGAAGGUGGGCACCAGUGAGCUUGGUUUGGUAAUGGCAUGGCAUCAAAAGUCUCAAACAAUCAUGGCCGCCGGCGAAGCAAAAUACAUACGCUUAUGGGAUGCAGAGCGAGAGUCGAAAAUCUGUGAUAUUGCGAGUGGGUCCGAUGCGACGAUUAUAAAGUUAUCCUGUGCGCCGAACGGGAUAUUCGCUGCUGGGUGCAAUGAUGGAAGUGUACGACUUUUUGACCGCAGGUGCUCUCCCGCCGAGGCACGAUUCGCUACAUUCCGGGAACAUAUGAAUCCGAUACUUACCGUUUGCCUGCGCGAUGAUUGCGAGAGUUUAGUCUCAGCUUGUACCACUUCUACCGUGCGGUUAUACGACAUUCGUAAAACAUCUUCCUCUGUACAGCACUGGAGUGCUGGCUCGGAUGUUACGGCAAUGAGUAUACAUUCUAGUGCCGAUAUUGUGGCUUGCGCCACCAGCGUGAUCACCAUCUAUGGACUGGAUGGUACAAGUUUGAAUACCAUUCGGUGCAACGAAGGAUUCAUGGGUACGAAAAAAGGUGUAACAUCGUGUUUAUCGUUUCAUAAGCAUAAAAUUAGUCUGGCAGCUGGAUUCAACGAUAAUACAGCGGCCGUAUUUGUUACCGAUCGGAAGUAGACCGCCGCAGUUUGCUUCCAUUCGCUUUACACUACAAAUAUUAGCAUAGGGGCAAUUCAACAGUAAUAGUGGCUUCGCAAUUUAUAACAUAAAAACGCUUGCAAGUAAGUAUAGGACACAACCUAUCGCUCACAGCAAAAAUGGCGAUGCAUAGUAAUCAGCGAAACAUGAGCAGAAACGCUUCUAAAGCAUCUGUAAGGAAAUUUGUAUCACAGUAGAACUAAAAAGUAACUAUGUCGUAUAGUGUUCUGUUGAGCUAAGCUAUUACGUAGAUUAAGCAAAAAGGGUAAAAUUUCGGAUCUAUACAAUACAGCAUUAGAACCCAUUGGUUUAAUGGCCAUUUACACUCUCCAAUUUAUACGUUUCCUAUAAUUGUACAGAAUCCAUACAAUAGUAUCGCCGGAAAGAGAGUAGCUUUACAUUAUCAUUGUUUCUUAAUGGCAGAUUUUAUUAAUUAGAUGAUUAUGAAAAACCUCAUACUUACAGAAUUGGUCUGUAAGUCGAUUUUGUUUCAUUUAAGAUAAAGUAUAGUGAAGAAACAAAAAAUGAUUGUAUACCAUUAUCGUGAACACAAUAUCCGAGUAAUUCAUUUUUCGAAAUAACGAAAUAAUUUUCCUAAUAAUGCACUAAUCACAAAUUGAAGCUGAGAUCUUUGCGCAAUUUUGUUAUUAUUAUUGGAAAAUGAUAUGCUACCAAUCUUUAUUUUUAAUACAAACCUAUUUGUUCUUUCAUUUAACAACAUCUUGUCGCAGGACUACGUCUUUGUUUACUAUACUGGAUAGCACUCUGUGAAAAGGAUAACGGAACCGUAACAUGAAAGUUUUCAAACAUCAGUAACUUUUUGUCAUUGCACGUAAUUACCGUGGUAGUAUUCUUUUAUCUGUCGGCCCAUGGUUUUGACUACUGAGCUGCUGACAGUGGUUAUCUUAAUCAGUGCUCUACCCUUCAGUACAAUUCAUUCAUGAAUUGCAUUGCUGAUUGAUUGCUCGUCUAACCUGUCAGUCAAUUUUCUUGCUCUUGAGUUGUAUUUUAGGUUCCAAAGUUUCGUUUUUAAAACUGCUUGCUUUUUAAAAUCAACCAAAACCUGGUUGAGGGAAAUUAGAACUUUGUAACAAUGUUUACGUUUAUUGUAUUUUUGUUUGCCGUUGUCGGCAGUUCCAAAUGAAUAAAUUAUUCACAUUUGAUUUCAUUCACUAAUGUUGAGAAUGAAUGAAUGUAGCGAACAACAAACAUGAACGUUGGUUUCAGGUUGGCAAUGCUGAGUGGCCUUAUUUUCGGUUUUUGCUCAGAAGAUGCUCGUUUGACUACACCGUCUCAGCAAAACAGAAUUCGAAAAAGUAGUGUAAGGGGCAAAUGUAAAAUUAUGAUUGUCUGUAAUAUUUUACAAGAAAGAAUAAUUUUAUCAUUUGUAUUUAUGGCGCUAUGGGUAGUUGGCCUGACGAUGCCGAAAUUCGGGUUUCUAGGAGCUCCCUAUCACAGCCCACAGAAUUUAGCAAUCUGCAAUUCUAGGUACCAACUUUCCAUUCCAUGUGCUUAUUUCGUUGCCUGGGUCCAUGCCAAAAGUUCCGAGUCGAAUAUUUUUGAUUUUUCGUAGUAUUCGCAUACUCUUUUUUGACCAUAGGUAUCUGCUACUUUAUUAUAACACACGCAGUUCGUUCGCGCUUUCCCAGAAAUAUUGUACACAUGCUUCAUUUUUAUAUUUCUGCAAUGAUAUAUUAGGAUUGCCUACACUCAUCUUAAAUUGUAAAUAUGAUUUUGUGAUCGUAAAUUAUAUACAUAUUUUUAUCAACUUAAGCAGUACGCUUAGGCUUUCAGCUUCUGCUUUGUCUCUGCUAUUACUAAAUUGAAGAGAAAAAUUACAGUUUAUCCCGAAAAAUGGUUUAUUCAGAGUAAAUAGGAAAUGAGAAUCUAAUAAUGUCUGAUUUCCGGCAAGUGGUAUACAAUCUUUGAGCUCUUUUAAACAAAACUAACAAAUAUGGUGCAGCAGAAAUAUAGCGAAACAAGCUUUGGAGAACGUUUAGUAGUUUAUGACUAGAGCGUUAAUUCCUAUUUUUUUGCUUAUUCUUAUUCUUUGAAAGUUUAAAUUCUUGCAGUUAUGAUAAAAACAUUUGUUAUAUAUGUAAAUUUUUAUUUGACUUUCUCACGCAAUUCAAAACUUGAAAUGUUAAUUUUUUUAAAUGAUAAAUUCAUACUGAAGUAUGAUACAUUUGUUUGUAAAAACGCUCAUAUUUGUAUUUUAUCCCUGUACAUUUAUUUU